GUGGAAGUGGAAGUGCAAGUGCCUCUGGAGAUAUUGACAGUGGAAGUGGAAGUGCCUCUGGAGAUAUCAACAGUGGAAGCGGAAGUGGAAGUGGAAGUGCCUCAAGGGAUAUUGACAGUGGAAGCGGAAGCAGAAGCGGAAGUAUGAGUGGAAGUGGAAGUGCCUCUGGAGAUAUAGACAGUGGAAGUGGAAGUGCCUCUGGCGAUAUUGACAGUGGAAGCGGAAAUGGAAGUGGAAGUGCCUCUGGAGAUAUUGACAGUGAAAGCGGAAGUGGAAGCGGAAGUGGAAGCGCGAGUGGAAGUGGCAGUGCCUCUGGAGAUAUUGACAGUGGAAGUGGAAGUGCCUCUGGCGAUAUUGACAGUGGAAGCGGAAGUGGAAGUGGCAGUGCCUCUGGAGAUAUUGACAGUGGAAGUGGCAGUGCCUCUGGAGAUAUUGACAGUGGAAGUGGAAGUGCCUCUGGAGAUAUUGACAGUGAAAGCGGAAGUGGAAGUGGCAGUACCUCUGGAGAUAUUGAAAGUGGAAGCGGAAGCGGAAGUUUGAGUGGAAGUGCCUCUGGAGAUAUUGACAGUGGAAGUGGCAGUGCCUCUGGAGAUAUUGACAGUGGAAGUGGAAGUGGAAGUGGCAGUGCCUCAGGAGAUAUUGAAAGUGGAAGUGGAAGUGCCUCUGGAAAUAUCGACAGUGGAAGUGGCAGUACUUCUGGUGAUAUUGACAGUGGAAGCAAAAGUGGAAGUGGCAGUGCCUCUGGAGAUAUUGACAGUGGAAGCGGAAGCGGAAGUGCUAGUGGCAGUGCCUCAGGAGAUAUUGAAAGUGGAAGUGGAAGUGCCUCUGGAAAUAUCGACAGUGGAAGUGGCAGUACUUCUGGUGAUAUUGACAGUGGAAGCAAAAGUGGAAGUGGCAGUGCCUCUGGAGAUAUUGACAGUGGAAGCGGAAGCGGAAGUGCUAGUGGAAGUGCCUCUGGAGAUAUCGACAGUGGAAGUGGAAGUGGAAGUGGCAGUGCCUCGGGAGAUAUUGACAGUGGAAGUGGAAGUGGAAGUGGCAGUGCCUCUGGAGAUAUUGACAGUGGAAGUGGAAGCGGAAGCGGAAGUUCGAGUGGAAGUGCCUCUGAAGAUAUCGACAGUGGAAGUGGAAGUGGCAGUGCCUCUGGAGAUAUUGACAGUGGAAGCGGAAGUGGAAGUGCGAGUGGAAGUGCCUCUGGAGAUAUCGACAGUGGAAGUGGAAGUGGAAGUGGCAGUGCCUCAGGAGAUAUUGACAGUGGAAGUGGAAGUGGCAGUGGCAGUGCCUCUGGAGAUAUUGACAGUGGAAGCGGAAGCGGAAGUGCGAGUGGAAGUGCCUCUGGAGAUAUCGACAGUGGAAGUGGAAGUGGCAUUGCCUCUGGAGAUAUUGACAGUGGAAGUGGAAGUGGAAGUGGAAGUGCCUCUGGAGAUACUGACAGUGGAAGCGGAAGCGGAAGUGCGAGUGGAAGUGGCAGUGCCUCUGGUGAUAUUGACAGUGGAAGUGGAAGUGCUUCUGGAGAUAUUGACAGUGGAAGUGGCAGUGCCUCAGGAGAUAUUGGCAGUGGCAGUGCCUCUGGAGAUAUUGACAGUGGAAGCGGAAGCGGAAGUGCGAGUGGAAGUGCCUCUGGAGAUAUCGACUUCCCCUGUGCAGAUGGAAUGACGCGCAUCCCAUUUUCUGGGUUUUGUGACGGCGAACCCGAUUGCCCUGAUGGAGAAGACGAGGUGGGCUGCGGUCGCGACGACUUCCUCUGUCCAGAUACAACGACGCGCAUCCCAUUUUCUGGGUUUUGUGACGGCGAACCCGAUUGCCCUGAUGGAGAAGACGAGGUGGGCUGCGCUUGCGACGGCUUCCUCUGUGCAGAUGGAACGACGUGCAUCCCAUUUUCUUGGUUUUGUGACGGCGAACCCGAUUGCCCUGAUGGAGAAGACGAGGUGGGCUGCGCUUGCGACGGCUCUCUCUGUGCAGAUGGAACGACGUGCAUCCCAUUUUCUUGGUUUUGUGACGGCGAACCCGAUUGCCCUGAUAAAGAAGACGAGGUGGGCUGCGACCAGUGA